AUGUCCCACAGAGAAUCCCAGGAAGGGCUUUUGGAUCUCGAGGAUCUCCAAAACGCCCCCAAAUGUCCUCCUUAUUCUGAAGAUGGGCCUAUAGUGUCUCUUGAAGUUGAAUUCCGGGUAUAUGAUCGAAAAAAAUUCGGCUCGUUUCCAGUUCAUGCCCGUCUUGCUUUGAGUGGGAAUCUAUCGAUACAAGAGGCGGCGGAACAAGCUUUCCAAAAGACUUCUGGCUGUGUCCCUGACGAAAUUGACAUAUUUAUGAAAAGAAGAGAUUCUAAGUUAUCAUCAAUUGUCGAUAAAGAUGCUAAAAUCGUCCAUUUCUUCAAAAAUGACGAUGUUUUGGUUCUUUACGAUGAUCGCCAGCGUUACACACGAAGAAGUGUAAUUGAAUCCCUCAUUAACUUAGCCAUCGUGGUUGGUAUUAUAGUCGGGGCAACCGCUCUAUUGAUCUAUGUUCUAUCCCGUUCAAAGAGACCAAACUCCCAAAGCUGA